UCAAGCUACUGUGAGCGGCUCAGUUGUGGAAAACAAGAGGCUGUAUUGCGUUCGCAAUAAACCAUUUCGCUGCGGGUGCACAUACGGAGCGGACAGUAGUCAGCGUUGAGUUGUGUUCUUUCAAUCAGACAGAAUGGGCAAGGGAGAUCCUAACAAGCCUCGGGGGAAGAUGUCCUCCUAUGCCUACUUUGUGCAGACGUGCAGGGAAGAGCACAAGAAGAAACACCCCGACUCAUCCGUCAACUUCGCUGAGUUCUCCAAGAAAUGCUCCGAGAGGUGGAAGACCAUGUCUGCAAAAGAAAAGGGAAAGUUUGAGGACAUGGCUAAAGGUGAUAAAGUCCGGUAUGAACGCGAGAUGAAAACCUACAUACCACCAAAAGGAGAGACAAAGGGAAAGAAAAAGAAGGAUCCAAAUGCACCAAAAAGGCCGCCAUCUGCCUUUUUCCUCUUUUGUUCUGAGCAACGUCCCCAGAUAAAGAGCGAGACUCCUGGUCUUUCCAUUGGUGACACGGCUAAGAAACUAGGAGAGCGGUGGUCAGAACAGACUUCUAAGGACAAGUUACCAUUUGAGCAAAAGGCAGCCAAACUAAAGGAAAAAUAUGAGAAGGAUGUUGCCGCAUACCGGGCUAAGGGCAAAAGUGAUGUCGGCAAGAAAGUUCCAGGAAGGCCGACGGGUUCUAAAAAGAAGGCAGAACCAGAAGAUGAUGAUGAUGAAGACGAGGACGACGAAGAUGAGGAGGAUGAAGAUGAUGAGGAUGAUGAUGAAUAAAUGAUUUGUUUGCUGUAUAAAUUGUGCUGAAGCCCCUUUUUUUGAAUUUUUUUUUUGCUAAGAAUGUGAACUCAAGUGCAGCUCAUUUUGUUAGCUUGGUUAUAAAAAAAAAACUGUACAGAACUGUGUAUAGGUCAUGUGAUUUGUUAGGGAAAAAAACCUAUUUUUAAUAUAAGUAGUGGACGGGCUGUUAAGAGCUGAUAUGGGAUUAUUCUGCAUAUUUAAUGAAUUCAAAAGGUAGCCUAGUGUGUUAGUAACAAGACCCAUUUAUUCUUUAGAACCUAUAGAUCUGGUGCAUUGUACUUUUCUAACUUUUUUAGAUGUUUUUUUUUUGUAAUAAAAUUUAUAUAUAUCACGCCCCUGUUUUUACUAAAGAUGGCUGUUUUGCAGAAAGGUUGGUGGUUGUAUGAGAAGAUUUUACUCCUACAGUUAUUGAUCAGUGUCCCAAACUUCAGAUUAGGUCUGUUUUGUAGCUAAUGUUAAACUUUUGUCAGGCAGAAUGAUUAAGGCUUAUAACUUGCAUAAUACAGGGGCUUGAAUAGUUUGCUGUAGUCAAGGGAAUAAACUAGGUUUCAGUCCUUUUUUUACAAAGCUAUCUAGUGUGGGGAGUUGGCAGAGCAUUGAUAAACCAUUUCUAAACAGCCACUCGAAUAUAUUCCCAACAAACCAUUAUUUGAUGGGGAUAAUGUUAUGGUGCCUGCACUAAAUGCCUGCGUGGUGGCAAUGUACAAUUACACAGGUGCAUCUAGAAAGAGAAAGCAGUGCUAACAACUUUCUAAUAUCCAUUAAAAUGACAUUGCUUUCAACAGCAAUAAAUGAAAGUACUGUUAACAAAACUGCCAGUUUGUACAGGUAUAGGAUCCAUUGUCUGGAAACUGGUUAUCCACAAGGCUUUAACUUAUGGGAAGACUAUCUUUCAUAGACUCAAAUGUUAUCCAAAUAAUCAACUUUUGAUUUUCUUUAUUUAAAAAAUGCUUCAGUCUGCUUGACUAUAGGAAUGGAAAGACUUCACUUCCCAUAAUACCUUAUAUAUUUGUUGUGCUAUUUAAGAGGUGCCACAGCAAAGACUUUCCCUCACUGCUGCCUUAUUAGGGCUAUGGACACAGGCUCUGGCUGUCAGUUGCUAAGAAAAGCACAACUGCUCCAUUGAUUUGAAUAUAAGGUUCACACACAUGCUGAUCAGAUUCAGAUCAAUGGAGCCGUGACACUGAGCAGAUCUGCUUCCUCAUCCUGCCAAGUCUGUGCCCAUAGUCUAAAUAAAUGACCGGCUUUUUGUAGUUGGCACAAAUGUAAUCUAUACAGGCGGAAGAUCACCUUUCUUUUGCAGCUCUAACCUGGGAGUUGACACGUAGCUGGUCAGUUUGCUUUUCAUUCUGGCUUGAGUGAACUAAAUGAAGUUAUAUCUGAGGCCCCCUCAAUUCAGCUCUCUGACUGACAGAUGUAAAGUUUAGUUAGACCUGUUCUUUCCAGCCUUUAUAGACAUUUUAGGCCAACUACAUAUUGGAAACAUUCUUCUUGGUUUAUUCACCCAGUUUUAGAUUGACAUUGUACUGUUACUUUACAAACUGAUUCAUUUUGCAAACUUAAAGGUGCACUAGGCAAAUCUAAAAUGUCCUUUCCCAAAUGAGUUUUCCAUAACUUUACAAUAUGCAGCACAGUGGGGUUUUCAGAUAAUCAUGUCCACCAACUCAGAGAAGCAAUUGCAAACCUGGAUUCAGCUGCAGACUCAAUGUAAGCUAUUGCUUUAGACUAGAGAAAAGAUAAAAGCAACACAAUCUGGUGUCACCACUCCCACUUCAGUAAUUUUAGCAACAGGUACCACAAAUAGAGCUGUAUUGAAGUCACAUUUGCUUGGGAGUGGGUUCUCUCCAGGCCUUCUACAUUGUAUAUUUGACUUUUGGUGUAAAAAAUACAAUCAAAUAUAAGCAAUGGAAAUAGGUUACUAUUUGUGAUUUACAAUUGUGUUCAGAAUAAAAGCAGUCUGGCAUCAA